AUGGCUUCGUCCGUCAGCAAGCGCAGCACGCCUCCUUCUGUUGCUGCUGCUGCAGCAGCAGCAGCAGCAAGAGGAUCUAUAGAGUGUACAGACAGAUGUGUAUGUAAUUCCCAUUCCUUUGAUUUAUCUUUCCACCCAAAAAACCCUAAACUUGUUGCUGCUGCUGCUGUUGCUGGGGCUGUUGAGCUGCAUGCGUUGCCUGAUAAAGAGCUGCUGCAGCAGCAUCUGCUGCAGCAGCAGCAGCAGCGCGAAACACAAAGACAAGAAAGAAAACUACACAGACGCAAACUAAGACGGCAGCAGAAACAGCAACAGCAACCGCAGCAGCAGCAGCAGCAGCAGCGGGGGGACGAUGAAGAUUACAGCAGCAGCAGCAGCAGCAGCAGCAGCGAUGAAGAAGCUGCUGAGCGUUUCUUAGAGAUGGAUUUGGAGCAGCAGCAGCAGCAACGCGAAGCACAAAGACAAGAAAGAAAACUACACAGACGCAAACUAAGACGGCAGCAGAAACAGCAGCAGCAGCAGCAGCAGCAGCAGCAGCAGCGGGGGGAUGAUGAGGAUUACAGCAGCAGCAGCAGCAGCAGCAGCAGCAGCAGCAGCGAUGAAGAAGCUGCUGAGCGUUUCUUAGAGAUGGAUUUGGACUGUUUUAACCGCAUCAGCUGA